UAGUCAGUAAUAAUAUUCCAGAAGCAUCAAAGUUAUCGGCAUUAGCGCUCGGCGUCGCUUGGAAGACUUUGGUUCGAACAAGAUGGUGUGCUUUACUCCAAAAGUUUACUUUCUAAUUCUGCUUUGCACAUGGAUUUCUUGCCAGUUUUUCGUUCCAUCGGAUUCACGUGCCUUGUUUAGCUUUAGCAGAGUUAGACGGGCGACUGAGGAGAAUGUUGAGAAUAAGACAAACAGCUCCGACGAAGGACGCCCUCCGUGCGAGGAAGACAUGAACGGGCCUUAUCCUUGUUCGUCUACGAUAACUGGUAACCUGUUGCUGAUGGUGUUUUAUGGCGCUAUCCUUGGAGUUGCUGCGAAAUGCAUUUCUGAUGGUGCUGAACUGUUGUUGGAUCUUGGCUGUAACCCUUCUCUGAUUGGUGGUAUUGUUCUUCCUUUGUUGGGAGCUGUACCAGACUCGGCUAUCAUCAUUGUAUCGGGUUUGGGAGAUGAUGCACAGGAUAAGUUGUCUGUUGGCAUGGGGACAUUGGCAGGCAGUACCAUCAUGUUACUAACAGCAGCAUGGGCAGGAAGCUUGGUGGUUGGAAAGUGUGACCUUGAUGUUAAUGGUGAAGCCAUUGAAGGCAGUGGAUAUGGAAAGAUCAGCUGUAACAAACAGGGUGUGACAAUCUUGCCCAGUGUCAAGACAGCUGUAGGAAUUAUGCUGCUUACCUCACUUUCAUACUUUAUUGUACAAGGAGCUGACUGGCAUUUUGGCCCACAUAACUUUGGACCUCAGCCGGAUUAUGUGCGCAAGGCUGCUUUGGCAACCAUGGUCAUUUGCUUCAUUGGCUUUGUUGCCUACCUGAUUUUCUUGUUUGUUGACAGCAAGUCAGCCGAAAUGAGAGCAGAUAAGCAUCGUCAAGAAAUGAUGCAGCGAAGGGUGCUACACCGUUUCGUCAUGAUGGCCAAGAAAACAAUGCCAGGCAGAGCUGAUAACCUUGAUGGGGAAGACAAAGUUGCACAAGAAAUUCAUGUGCAGAAGAAAUACUUCAAAGCUUGGCGUCUUGGUGCUGGAAUGGAUAAAAAGCAGCCAUCUGAGACAGACCCCAUCAUGCCUAAAGAUGAUAAGGAGGAACUUAUUCACAAAGAUUCUUUUGAAAUUGAGGAAGAGGAAGAAGAGGAGGAAAGCACAACUCAUUUGGCCAUCAAGUGUGUCAGCCUCCUUGUUAUCGGAGUUGGUUUGGUAACAGUCUUUGCUGAUCCAAUGUGUGAUGUGCUUGAUUCCCUGACAAAUAAAAACAACAAGUCAUUUAUUCCUAUUUCAUCUUUCUAUGUGUCAUUUGUGGUGACUCCACUGUGCUCAAAUGCUUCAGAACUUGUGUCUUCUCUAAUUUUUGCUGCCAAGAAGAAGAAGGAGAAUAUUUCCAUGACCUUUGCACAGCUGUAUGGUGCUGGAACCAUGAACAACACUCUGUGUCUUGGCAUUUUUGCUGCUCUUGUGUACUUCAGGGAUUUGAAGUGGUACUACUCUGCAGAGGUGACUGUGAUAAUCUUUGUGCAGUGGGUAGUUGGAAUCGUUGGCUUCCGUCUGACAUACAAGUUGUGGACAGGUAUCAUCGUUGGCUCACUGUAUGUUGUAUCAAUUGGCUUGGUGGCUCUCCUUGAAAGCAGUGCCAUCGGUUGGAAGUAACUUGUUUGCAGAUUCCAAUUCCACACCGCUUUAUUGUGCUCUGAAAUUAUUCUUUGCUUGAAUGAAACCCUGGCUGUAAACUUAAUGGUUGUUUAUUUUUUGAUGUUAUCCAUUUAUAUUGUAAUGUUUGGAUCUUAGUGCAAAUAUUCAGUUUACAAUAAUUAUUUGGGUAACAAUUAAUACGUAACUGAGUUGUCUUAAAGGUGGUCAAAUAGUGAGGCUUUUUCAUGAAUCACAGUGCUUUCUAUUUCUUUCAAAAUAUUGAGUGAUGAACUUAAGAAAUGUCCUCAUUAGCUAUCUCAUGUUGUGAGACAUAAAAUUUUGGUUGUAAAAACUUUUUUCAGUGGAAGAAUAAUUCUUGAUAAAUUGAAUUCAGGAAAGUUUGUGUUGCUAAGGGGGAAGUGGAAAGAAUCAAAUCAUAAUUUUGCCUGUUAAUUGUUUGGCAUGAAUUUCUUCCUCCCUAAAUGCAGCUUGCUCAGAUUUAUCCAUGGUUUUGCGGUUUUUAUUUUUUCUUAUUAUUAAUAUUUCCGUAAUCUGGCUAAACACCCACCCACCUUCGAAAAAGGAAAUCCUUCAAUUAUGUUUUGAUAUGAUAAGUGGCAAAUUGCACCUCACAACUGUAUUAGUCUUAAUGAAUUUUCGAUAACUUAAAAUGAGGCAACAAUAUCUGUGCCAAUGGCCUGUGGAGACUGGGUCAGAAUAAAUUAAGUGGUAUGCCUCUAAGGAAGGGUGUGAUAAUCUACAGGAAGACAAAGAAGAUUCGCAUUCUCUUUACGCUAUUCCUGUAAUGUAACUUUUGUAUUAAAAAGUGGAUCAAGUGGUGACUCA